GUUCGGAAAUCGCGAGAGCCGCCUGAGGCAUUCGAUGAUAUCGGAAUGGCAGGUUGACACACCGAGGAGCAGGGUGAUCGCCAGAUGGGGAGGCCUGGCGACUGACAGCGACGCGAACAAGGUGGAAGGCCUGCUGAUGCGACAGCCAUUCAUCCAACAGGUGAGAGAGGAACAUGCAGAGCGGGAGAAAUGAAUGCCGCUCCAUGUGCAUGGGUGGAAGGUUGGCUCGUCGUGAGUGUGUUUCAGGCGACUCUUGCACUGCCCAGGCCAAUGGAUUCUGUUGAAGAUGCAGAAGCACUGCUCGAAUCGAUCAAGAAGCAGGUCACCUGCUUGUCGUGUGGAUGGGCGGAUGGGUGGAUGGAUGUCAGCAUUUCUUGUCCUUUGCUGUGUGGCUGUCCGAUCAGCUGCACUGUCUGCGAGUGGAGUCCCUUCAUCUCAGCGCCUUCUGCACGGAGCGGUUCGUCAAGGGGGCCGUGCCCCUCACGUCACCACAGCAGCCACGCAGAGGGCCUCGCCAACCUUCUGAGGGUGUGGCCGAGCCACGGUGCGUGUUGGUGAGUUGUGGCCCUUCGAUUGAUGGGGCAGCAGGGAUCGCCGCAUUGCUGCCGUCAGGGAAGCUGCUCCUGGCGGUGAGCUGAGCUGAAGGGAGGGAGAGAGAGGACGACAUUCGAUUGAAAUGCAACCACAGCCUGCCUGCCUGCCUCAUCUGUGUGUCCGCAGUCAGAUCCUGUCAAUGCGACUGCACUGGGCAUUGACCCUUGCAUUCACCAUCCAAAGCCCUUCCAGAGAGGUUAGGUGUCACGCAAACAAGACACGAAGGAUCAAUGGCCCCGCUCUCACCCCUUGUUGUGUGUGUGUUUGAUCCAUCCUUCCAUCAGAGCAAGUGCCGUCUUUGCGGUACUCCAUGGUGGAUUUGGCGUCGCCGGCCUUUCGCAAGAGCCGCCUCUUCCACCGCACCCACUUCCUCCUCAGUGGCGACCGGUGCACGUCGGGCACCAUGAUUGGCUAUGGGGAGGGGCAGUGUGGCGAUCCGACACAUGUGCAGCACCUGCUCAGCGAAGACCAUGGACAGGUCAGUGGUGGAGUGCACCAUUGCAUCCUUUGAUUGCACCAUCCUUUGAUCUCCACAUUCAGGCCAGAGUGACAUCUGUUCCGCUGCAGUACUCGUCGGCACACGUCUCUGACCACCCGUCACCAGACUUCUGCCAGAUCACUGGCUUGCUCGAGGCGUGCUGCGGGCCCCCACGCAAAGCCAAGAGAGGCCAUGGGCGGGAGGGAGGGGGGCCGUCAGAGGUCUAUCGAGGAGGGGAGGCGCCGCUCACGACCGAUGCCGAAACGCAUGCAAGGCUGGAGCAACAGCUGCGGAUCGUAAGUGUAUGAAGAGGGCCCUUGUGUAAUCAGUCGCCUCAUGUGUGCCUCUUCUCUCCUCGUCAGCUGUUGGAGGAGCUGCUCGAGUGGCUGGGGUGCACCCAUCUGGACAUCCCUGUGCAGAAGGGUCUCUAUCCGUGGCUUGUAGAGGAUGGCCGUGAUGCGUCGGACCUCAGCUUGUGGACUGUGCGGGGCAUCCUUGAGCCCUCGCAGCUGCGUCACAUGUGGAAGGCACUCAGGUGAGAUGCGGAUGGCUGGACACACAUAUCUUAAGAUAUGCCAUUCAUUGGUGGUCGCCUGUGUGUGAUGCAUCGAUCAGGGAGAGGGUGUGCAGCCCACAAUCAGACCAACGACAGCGAUGCACGUGGGGCGCACUGUCCAUCUGGUCUGUCGAGGACGCUCCAGUGGCCUUCGACGAACACCCACACGGUGGGUAAAUACCCACUGCAGACAGACAGACAGACAGACAGACAGAGAGCGACAAUCAAACCAGAAGGCAUAUUUGCUCCUUGUCCGUCUGCAUUGUGUUCAUGCCUGCAGGUUAUGACAUGUGCGGUGCCGCCCACUCGCAUUUGGUGUGCUUCAGCGAUGGCCCGGCCGUCUGGUGGCUUCUGCUACAGGUACAUGUCCGUCCGUGAGUAAGGAGGCAGGGCGUGCAGGUGGGAUUAAGUGAGCUCUUUCUUCGCUGCUCCUCAGGUUGUGAACCAUCUGGAUGCGACAACAGCAUGAGUAUGUCUUGACCGAUGGUGUUUGUGCCUCCAUGAGAGACGCGCGAAACCGCAGAUGGAUGGAUGGAUGGCUGGCUGGAUGUGUACAGAGAGAGAGAGACGGACACAGCACACAGACAUACGUAUACUGACUCGCUGACUGACCGAUUCCUGUGAGUCGAGGUGGCCUUCUCGCGCACAGACCCCUAUAGGAAGGAGUACGUGCAGGACCUGACUGAGAGGCGGGGCGGGAUGUGGUGGAUCUGCUGCUGCGGCGAGGGGCGGUGGUGUACGUGUGCGGCCGGGCGCACCCGAUGCUGUCGCAGGUGUGGGACGCGUUUGUGGAGGUGCUGGGUGUGCAUGGCGGGAUGGGCAAGUCGGAGGCCAACCGGUUCCUGCUGCAGCUGCAGGCCAAGAGGCGAUACAUAUGCGACACCUGGGAGUAGACGUCAUGGAUGGACACGGGUUAGUGUAGGUGGACGUGUGGAUGGUUUUGACUUUUUGCGUGUCUGCGUGCAUUGCACGACUCAUGUGUCUAUGCGUGUAUGUAUGUGUGUAUGUAUGUGUGUAUGUAUGUGUGUAUGUGUGUAUGUGUGUAUGUGUGUAUGUGUGUAUGUAUGUAUGAGUAAUUGUGCGUGAGGAAACUUCGAUCUUGCAUCAACCAAUUGG